GCAGGGGAGUGGAGAGAGACGCUGGGAGAGGACUCGAACACUCACACACACUCACACAUACACUCACACACACACUCAACAUUACUCGCACACACACGCAACACACACUCGGAGGAAAAAAGACGCACCAAAAGACGCACGAAGGUCAGCGGCUUUUACUGAUACUCUGCGUUUUUUUUUCUUCUCUCAGCUGCAGGAGAAAGAAAAAGUUUCCGGAGAGGGGAGGAGAACAGUGAAGCUCGGGUUGAGCAAGCAGAGACGAUCGGGCUUCAUCUCCGGCUUCAUCUUUGUGUCCUGGAGAUAAUUCUUCCCGUUUAUUUUUAAUUCAGACUUUUAAUUGUACGCGCCGCGCUCAGCCCCGUGGAAUCUGCCCAUUGCGGACUUUCUUUGUGCGCAUACGGACUCCCAGGGUUUGUGUUGACAAACAGUGAAGAAGAGGAAGAAGAAGAAGAGAAGGCGAAGAAGAGGACUCGAACCAGGGCGGACCAAAGGGGGGCAAACACUCACCAGGUAUGGCGGCGGUGUUGCCCAGGACCCUGGGUGAGCUGCAGCUCUACAGGAUCCUGCAGCGGGCCAACCUGCUCUACUACUACGAGGCCUUCAUCCAGCAGGGCGGCGACGACGUCCAGCAGCUGUGCGAGGCCGGGGAGGAGGAGUUCCUGGAGAUCAUGGCGCUGGUGGGCAUGGCCAGCAAGCCGCUGCACGUGCGGCGCCUGCAGAAGGCGCUGAGGGACUGGGUCACCAACCCGGCCCUCUUCAACCAGCCGCUCACCUCGCUGCCCGUCUGCAGCAUCCCCGUCUACAAGCUGCCCGAGGGUUCGCCCACGCUGCUCAACGCUCAGGACCGCGCCAACACCGCCAGCGUCAAGAUGCCCAAAGCCGUGGCGGCGGCCUGCUCCGACCCGGGGAAGCUGGACGUGGCGAGGGACAAAGUGUCGGCGGGGUCGCCCCUGCAGGGCAGCAGCGAGGCGCGGUUCUGGUCGGGCCACAGCAACGACAGCGAGCACAGCCUGUCGCCCUCAGACCUGGGCUCCCCGUCCUCACCCAGAGACGCUUUAGAGGCUUUGGACGCUGCGGCGGUGCAGUCGGUCCUGGAGUGCGUGGACAGGAUGGCUCCAGGGCUCCCUAAGACAGACCCCGCCGAGGUCAAGGAGCAGCUGAAGAACAACAAGAAACUGGCAAAGAUGAUCGGACACAUCUUUGAGAUGAACGACGACGACCCGCGCAGGGAGGAGGAGAUCCGGAAGUACAGCGCCAUCUAUGGACGCUUUGACUCCAAGAGGAGAGACGGCAAACACCUGACGCUCCACGAGCUGACGGUGAACGAGGCGGCGGCUCAGCUCUGCAUGAGGGACAUGGCUCUGCUCACACGCCGGGACGAGCUGUUCGGACUCGCCCGGCAGAUUUCCAGAGAGGUCACCUACAAAUACACCUACCGCACCAGCAAGUCUCGGUGUGGAGACAGAGACGAACCGUCCCCGAAAAGGAUCAAAACUGAGGAGAACUUCUUCGACAUCCAGGAGGCGCUGCAGGCCAUCCACAUGAGGCAGGAGAUGCUGAGGGAGCAGCUGGCCUGCGCCAAGUCGAAAGGAGAGGAAACGGUCGGGAGGAAUCUGCAGAUGCAGCUGGAGCGUCUUCUGGCCAGGCAGAUGGAGAUCCUGCAGGACGCCGCCGUCCAGGAGCGGCUCCAGGCUCUGGACUGGAGGAUCCCCCCCGCCGCCUUAAAGUACCUCAACGAGGCCCACAACACCAACGGAGCCACGGCCGACACCACCAGGGACGGCCAAGAUGAACGGCCGAUCAACUUGCGGGUUGUAAGUCAGAGCAUGCAGGAAGGCGACCUCCCGCUGGGUAAACAGCUAGCCAACGAGCUGAAGCGCCAUCACAACCACAACAACAACAACAACAACAACAACAGCAACAGCAACAGCAGCAGCCACAACCACACGGACGACACCAAAACACCAGCAACAGAAAACGGGACGACGCAGCGGACGUCCGGCAGCGCGGACAAGAAGACCAUCAAGUCAGAGCCAGAAGACUCCACAUAGUGCCUCCCGCCUCUCUACCCCAGCUCACUCUACUCACACUUGACAGUAUGCAGUUAUUACCCGUCAAUAGAUACUAAGCAAGCACAGCCACAGUAGAGCCUUAACAACCAAUGUUGCCUCAUGAAUAGCAUUUAUUUUUAUUUGAUUAUUUCCAUUUAUUUGUCCUAAAAAAGGUAUUUGCCAAAGCACCUCCAGAGCGUCUAGAGAAGCCCCUCAGCGCUCGGCGGGUCUUUGUCCGUGGGUUAACUGUACACGUUGGAUGUACGUUUACGCUCGUAUACUCCUUACCUCUGCCCGGGAGUUUGCUUUCGUUGCUUUCUUCGGACGGCCAGGUUGCAGGCUGUGACGCCGGGGCCGAGUCUUAGCUCGGCGUGGAUUCAGAAAACGUGUUUGAGUGAGCGGCACGUUGCUCCGGCUCCAGAUUAGAAACACAUUUUUAUUUAUUUCUUUUUUUUUUGUGACGUUCAAACCAAAUUCAGAGGAAACGCUGCCCUUUCAUCUGGUUCGAUGAACUAAAUUAUUCACUAGAUGUUGUGAGGAUUUGGCAGCCGUUAACUUAAAUGAAGACAUCUGGAUAUUUACUUCCCUUGUUUCAUGUUACAAGCAGAUAUGAAUAUUUAUUGUGAGCGUCUGAGCCUCCAUCACUCUCCCAAAUCUGACUUUACUUGUUUGUACUGUAAAAAAGAAAAAGAAAAGUACUGUAGGGAGACGUUAAGAGUUAAGACGCGGCCCCCGUAGUAGCAGGAUUUUAUUUUUUAAACUUUUUUGUCGUUCGCUUCAAAUGGGGGAAACCAGGAGGGGUGGGAUUAACCCCCCCUCCCUCCUCGCUCUUGUCUUGUGUAUAUUUAUGGGAGGUAAUUUAAAAGACGAGGAUGUACAGGAGCUGUUGUGGAACAGCAGCAGGGCCCCUCCCUCCCCUCCGUCGCUGGUCUUGGCAGAAUGGCUGGGCUGGUGCGACCUAAUUGGUUCACUUCACUUUGUAAUUUAGCAAAACACUGCUGUCGAACCAGAAAACCACGCAUCUGCACACGGCGAGUAUUUCAGGAACAAACAUUACAGCGAGCUCCCGGAAAAAUCCACGCGCCGUGAGUCGCACGGGUGCGAAUCCCCCCCCCCCCUGAUUUCCAACAAUAUUAAAGCUAAAGCAGAUGUGUGGCUUUUUCCACCAAGUUUGUCGCUGUUGCUGAGCUGAGCGUCAGCAGCAGUGUGGGUCUGUAAAUAGUAAAAACCGUGAUAACACAUAGUGCUAGCCUAAUCUCUCAACCAGGGUUUUCCUUCGUCCAGUGUAACCUUGCUGUAGAUUUUUUGGUGUCGAUACAGUGUUUAUGUACGUAGAGCAAAAAAAAAAAAAAAACAAAAAAAAAAAGAAAGCAAAAAAAAUCUUAAGUGUCAUUGAGGAAAAAAACUCUGUGUCUGGUAAAUAUAAAAACACACUUUACGAGAUGUUGUUAGCUCUUAGCUCUUAGCUGUGUUUAAUCCACCUGUGAUGGCCAUCAGUGCAUAUUUGCUGUUUAGAAGUAGAAACAUAACAAUUAAGUGUUCUGUGUGUUUGUUUUCAUGUCGUGUAAAUACGUCCGUUUGGUCCAAGAUGAUAAUACCGUGCCCGCUCCCUCAGAUAGUUUAGUCUCACUCAGCGUAAUCAGAGACCAAUGCAAUAUUUAUGUAAGUAAUAAGUCUAUUUGCAUACUGUAUGGAUCCAUCUGUUUGUCAUGUGCUCGGUAACUGUACGUCUGUCCUCCGGGGGGUGAAGACACCCCCUGGGUUCGUCUCACUUUUAGUGCAAACCGCACUCUGUUUGUAUUUAAAAGACAUUUUUACAAAAGUCCACGCGGUGGUUUUGUUCCAAGCAGCCGCUACGGCACCAAACUAGAGAGGAGUGGAGAUCAGGUGUAGAAACACGGAUUCAGAGAAGAGAGCUCGUCUGACCACCGUCCUCCUCACUGUUUAUUGUAAAGUGAUAGAUUAGGCUUCACCUAGUUAUGCACCUGUUUUUUAAACACUAAUAUAUUUUAUUUGUUAUACAGCACAUAAACAUUAAACUUUAUUUUUUUGAACUCUA